GUGACAUCCUGACAAACCAUCGGACUGCUCAACAGACAGACGAGGACGAAACGCUACACCCGGAAGUCAUCAGCACCAGAAACACCAUGUAUCACCUGAGAGUGCCUGUGUUUCUCCUGGCGGCGCUUGUGUUGCUCCGCUGCAUCGCAGCCGCUCCAAGCCUCAGGUACUUCAGUUCCGGCUCCUCCGACGACGGCGAGCAAGAAAAUGCUCUUCCAGACAAGGAGAGCAGGUCACUGCCUGAGCUAAUCGCCGACCCGUUCUCCGGCCUUAUGGGCGCGCGGCCUGAGAGGGGGCUCACAGCAACGAAUAGUCAUCACGUACAUAAGAGAAAGUGCAACACAGCUACCUGUGUGACCCAGAGGUUAGCAGACUUCCUGGUCCGGUCCAGUAACACCAUCGGAACGGUCUACGUCCCGACAAACGUGGGCUCGAGCACCUACGGCAAGAGGGACCUACAUCAGCCUCCCGACUACCUGCCUUUCUAGUACAAACUGGGAGAAUACCCCAGUGACCUAAUGAUCAUGUGUUACAAUGAAUGUGAGAAUGUCGACUCCAUAAGAUGAUUAUUUUUUAAAAAAAUCAUUUGAUAAGCAUCAAGACUACAGUGCCUUUGAGUUAAGCCUUCUGAAUCCAUGUAUGUUUUCUUCCAGCUUUGUGAAUGUCGUAAAUCACAGCACUAAUGAAAUGGAAAAAAAAUUCAAAUAAUAAAAUAUUCUGUCAGACAGAAGAAAUG